AUGUCUGUCAUCUACAAGAACUGGCCUGUGGCAAUCUACCGUGAUAGGCAUUCGUUCAAUGGGUGCAUGAGUGUGCAAAGAAGAUACAAGGACAUUUGCCCAACAUCCUACUGGGCCCAGUUUAGAAGUGGACCAAAUCUUUACAUAAGACGAGCCUUUGGCUCUUGCUGGCGAAUGAGAGGCGUUUGCAAGUCAAAAUGUACAACGAAGGAAAAAUAUUAUAUUUUCUGUAACUCUGGAUCUGUGUGCUGCAUAACUGAAAAAGACAUGCCUGGCCUGGUCGGGUAG